GGGCUGGGGGUCGCGCCUGCGCACUGGCAACUGGCCGGGCGCUCACUGGGGGAGCUGCUGCAGGCUCCGCGGCGGCGGCGGCAACGGAGGCUGCGGGGGUAGCGGUGCGAGCGGCCGGGCUUCGGGGAGGAGCCGAGCCCGGCCCGGGAAUCCUAGCAGCUAGAGUGCGGGGUACCUAGGCCCCUCACACUGGACUCCACAGUCUCCUGGCCGCCUGACCUCCGCACGGGUAUAUGGGAUGGAAGCGGGACCCUCGGGAGCAGCUGCAGGCGCAUACCUGCCCCCUCUGCAGCAGGUGUUCCAGGCACCUCGAAGGCCUGGCAUUGGCACAGUGGGGAAACCAAUCAAGCUCCUGGCCAAUUACUUUGAGGUGGACAUCCCUAAGAUUGACGUCUACCACUACGAGGUGGAUAUCAAACCAGAUAAGUGUCCUCGCAGAGUCAACCGGGAAGUGGUGGAAUACAUGGUCCAGCAUUUCAAGCCUCAGAUCUUUGGUGAUCGCAAGCCCGUGUAUGAUGGAAAGAAGAACAUUUACACUGUCACAGCACUGCCCAUUGGCAAUGAACGGGUUGACUUUGAGGUGACAAUCCCCGGGGAAGGGAAGGAUCGAAUAUUCAAGGUCUCCAUCAAGUGGCUAGCCAUAGUGAGCUGGCGCAUGCUGCAUGAGGCCCUGGUCAGUGGCCAGAUCCCUGUUCCCCUGGAGUCUGUGCAAGCCCUUGAUGUGGCCAUGAGACAUCUGGCAUCCAUGAGGUACACCCCUGUGGGCCGCUCCUUCUUCUCACCGCCUGAGGGCUACUACCACCCGCUGGGGGGUGGGCGCGAGGUCUGGUUCGGCUUUCACCAGUCUGUGCGCCCUGCCAUGUGGAAGAUGAUGCUCAACAUUGAUGUCUCAGCCACUGCCUUCUACAAGGCACAGCCGGUGAUUGAGUUCAUGUGUGAGGUGCUGGACAUCAGGAACAUAGAUGAGCAGCCCAAGCCGCUCACGGACUCUCAGCGUGUGCGCUUUACCAAGGAGAUCAAGGGCCUGAAGGUAGAAGUGACCCACUGUGGACAGAUGAAGAGGAAAUACCGUGUGUGUAAUGUUACACGCCGCCCUGCCAGCCAUCAGACGUUUCCCUUGCAGCUGGAGAGUGGACAAACUGUGGAGUGCACAGUGGCACAGUAUUUCAAGCAGAAAUAUAACCUUCAGCUCAAGUAUCCCCACCUGCCCUGCUUGCAAGUUGGCCAGGAACAAAAGCAUACCUACCUGCCCCUAGAGGUCUGUAACAUUGUGGCUGGGCAGCGCUGCAUUAAGAAGCUGACUGACAAUCAGACUUCGACCAUGAUAAAGGCUACAGCUAGGUCGGCCCCAGACAGACAGGAGGAGAUCAGCCGCCUGAUGAAGAAUGCCAGCUACAACCUAGAUCCCUACAUCCAGGAAUUUGGGAUCAAAGUGAAGGAUGACAUGACGGAGGUGACAGGACGAGUGCUGCCGGCGCCCAUCUUGCAAUAUGGCGGCCGGGUGAGCAGGAACCGGGCCAUUGCCACACCCAAUCAAGGUGUCUGGGACAUGCGAGGGAAACAGUUCUACAAUGGUAUUGAGAUCAAAGUCUGGGCCAUCGCCUGCUUCGCACCCCAAAAGCAGUGUCGAGAAGAGGUGCUCAAAAACUUCACAGACCAGCUGCGGAAAAUUUCCAAGGAUGCAGGGAUGCCCAUCCAGGGCCAGCCUUGCUUCUGCAAAUAUGCGCAGGGGGCAGACAGCGUGGAGCCCAUGUUCCGGCAUCUCAAGAACACGUACUCUGGACUACAGCUCAUUAUUGUCAUCCUGCCAGGGAAGACGCCAGUGUAUGCUGAGGUGAAACGUGUUGGAGACACACUUUUGGGAAUGGCUACACAGUGUGUGCAAGUGAAGAACGUGGUGAAGACCUCACCUCAAACUCUGUCCAACCUCUGCCUGAAGAUCAAUGUCAAACUUGGUGGCAUAAACAACAUCCUAGUCCCACACCAGCGCUCUGCAGUCUUUCAACAGCCAGUGAUAUUCCUGGGAGCAGAUGUUACACACCCCCCAGCAGGGGAUGGGAAAAAACCGUCUAUCACAGCAGUGGUAGGCAGUAUGGAUGCCCAUCCCAGCCGUUAUUGUGCCACUGUGCGGGUGCAGCGACCUCGGCAGGAGAUCAUUGAAGACUUAUCGUACAUGGUGCGUGAGCUGCUGAUCCAGUUCUACAAGUCCACCCGCUUCAAGCCUACUCGUAUCAUCUUCUACCGAGAUGGGGUUCCUGAAGGCCAGCUCCCUCAGAUCCUCCACUAUGAGCUGCUGGCCAUUCGUGAUGCCUGCAUCAAACUGGAAAAGGACUACCAGCCUGGGAUCACUUAUAUUGUGGUGCAGAAACGCCAUCACACCCGCCUUUUUUGUGCUGACAAGAAUGAGCGAAUUGGGAAGAGUGGUAACAUCCCAGCUGGGACCACUGUGGAUACCAACAUCACGCACCCAUUUGAGUUUGACUUCUAUCUGUGCAGCCACGCAGGCAUCCAGGGCACCAGUCGACCAUCCCAUUACUAUGUCCUUUGGGAUGACAACCGUUUCACAGCAGAUGAGCUCCAGAUCUUGACAUACCAGCUAUGCCACACUUAUGUACGAUGCACACGCUCUGUCUCUAUCCCAGCACCUGCCUACUAUGCCCGCCUGGUGGCUUUCCGGGCACGAUAUCAUCUAGUGGACAAGGAGCAUGACAGUGGAGAGGGGAGCCACAUAUCAGGGCAGAGCAAUGGGCGGGACCCCCAGGCCCUGGCCAAAGCCGUGCAGGUUCACCAGGAUACUCUGCGCACCAUGUACUUCGCUUGAAGGCAGAACGCUGUUACCUCACUGGAUAAAAGAAAGUUUUCCAAGCCCCAAGAGCUAUGCCACCCAAAUCCAGAGGAAUCAGGGAGGAGGGAGGUGGGGUAGGGAGGAGUGCAGAAGGCCUUGUUUCCUUCUACAAAUGGGACAAAAGGGUGGGGAACAGGGCCAGUAAGCCAGACCACCAGCCAGAAAUUUCUGAUAUUCACCUCAUACCCUUCACCCCAUCUUGUCACAUCUGACCCUGACCCCACUGGACCAAGACGGGCAGCACCAGUGCCCACCAUACACACAGGUGUCUCACGUGACUCACAGUGCUAAAGACUCAUGCCUGACAGCUUGGUAAGGUCGGCUCGGCUCUACAUUCCUGUGGACAAAAGCUGGUAGGUUUGGGUUUGAUACUUUAGAUGGGAAAGUGAGGGGCUUGAAAAAGUGGGUGGGAGGAGGGAAGGAUUUUUUAGGAGCCUUAAUCAGAAAAGGUCUAGAUUUGUUUAAGAAGAAAAACGAAACCAGACCCAGAUCAAUAUUUUAGGAUACAAGAUGUUUUAAUGGGUUAAGAAUCCAGUUUGUAGGAGGAUUUUUUAAUGCUAAUGAUUUUGGUUGCUCCUCCCCCUGCUGCCACCCCCCUUUCCCUAUUCCUUUCUUUCCAAUUUUUCUACCCUACCUUACACCUCCCUGACAGACAUCCAGCCCCGAAUAAGACUUAAGGCACUAUGGCACUUAGCUCUGAAGUGACACAACCCUGUCUUCCUUCCGCCUGCUGGUGGGUAACCAGUGCCUUCCCUGUAACGGUAAUGCUGCAGAACUGCAACCUUUUGUACCUUUCUUUGGGGGGAUGGGGUAGGGUGGGACAGGAGGUAAAUGGGGAAGAAAUACUCCUAACCCAACAAACCUCCAGCCAGAACGCCAACUAUUUUGCAUUUAAAGCAAUUGACUUCCAUAUUCAUUGAGCUUUUAAAAAUAUUAUAACCUCAAGAUGGUUAAAAUCCAUUGACAUUUGCACUUUCAGACCUGACAAGUCUAUGGAGCUGCUGAGAUGACUGGCUAUGCCUCCUUUCUUCCCUGUCCUACCCUGACCCUCCCACCUGCCUGGGUCUGGAGUUACUUACAUAGUUUUUUCUCACUCUUGGCUUCUUUUUCCCCAAUGGUCAAGUCUCUUAUGUUUCAAUAUUUUUAAAUUGGGGUGUCUUAUAACAAACGAUCCUUAGGUCUAAAAUAAGAAAAAAGAGCAAAAACUAAAUGCUAUUUUUAUACCAUAACUUGAGUUUAUUGCCAAAAUCUUGAUAUCCUUCCAAUGCCCAAUGAGUUUACAUCCCAGAAACAUUGAGCCAUUAAAAAGAACAAUGUACCUGACUUGUUCUUUGGCCUGGCUAAGUAAGGGUGGUUGUCUCCCCAAUAUGGGGCUCAGGCUUCAUCUUUCCGCUGUGCAGAAAAUACCUUUUUCUUGCUACAGGCUCCCUCCUCUGCACUGCCCUCUGCCCUGCACUCUUUUCUGCAAGUGCAUCUUCCUCUCCCUCUGGAUUGUCCUCUGACACUUUGGCUCAUCCCAGAUUCCAGUGUGUCCUGUGAAUAGUCUGAGGGUUUUUGCUGCUCCCUUUUGCUUCUGUUUACACAAAUGAAUUUUUACUGGUUUCCCACUAGGGCAUGUGAGUGGGUGGCAUGGGCUUUUUUUUUUUCCUCCCUGCAUAGAGAUGGGGUUUGGCUGGCUUGUAAAACUGGAAAAAUAGGGGGUUGUAGCUUGGUGCCUGCUGGCCUUGAGGCAAGGCCCCCUCUUUCCUUGACUGUUCAUUUUCUCCUUUCCCACUGCUUGGGAUGAGAACGUGCAGCUUUGGUGUGGAAAUUCCUUUUUUUAAGGAGCUUGGGCUUGGGUUUGCCCCAAUCUGGUGAUAAAGCCAUGACACUUUAGACCUAGCUCAGGCUUGGAGGCCAGCCGGAGGAAGGCCAGUGUGAAUCUGGGCCUGUGCAGUGAGAGCUACCAUUUCCCCUCCCCAACAGCCCUAACACAGACCCAGAUUUCCUAUGCAAAACAGUCUCUCCCAGGUUCCAUUCUGGUUGGCUACUUUGUUCAAUGACUUCACAAAACGUAGCACAAACAUUGAUUAUAGAGGAAGGUAUCAGGACUGUUGAGUAACUCCUCCUUUACUUUCCUACUGGCUAUGGCAUUGGGUGCCCCAUGGGAACCCAGCUGAAGAAUAGAAUGGAGGGCUCUGGGAGGAGUUAGUUCACUGGACAGCCUACAUUCCUUACACAAGUGCCUAAAGAGAGUGAUGCCAACACUCCAUCUGCCCUGUCCAUCGCCUUCAUAUACUGUCUACUUCAUGUUCAGUCACCCUUAGAGGAGGGGAGCUCUCUUUGAACAUGGGGCUCUGCAUGUUCUCUUCUUGGGUGCAUUUUGGGGCUAGGAUCAGGGCACUAUUCCUGGAGGUUCCAGUCAUUCACCAGCAUUUGCAAAUAUCCACGGGGAGCUGGUGGUAGCCACCUGCUCUCGGCCACAAGUUUUGUUCUUUCCUUUUUCUUUUUGCCUCACGCUUUCCAGUUGGGUUUUGAGCUGGGGCUUGAAAUGCAUUUUUUAGCCCUUUGGCAUUGCACAUACCACUCAAGAAAUAAAAGCAAGAGCAGCAGCUUGGGCAAUGGCAAGAAAAUGACUUUUUGCUUUGACUUUUUUUUUUUAAAUCUUUGAGACUUGAAAAGUAUCCUUGACUUUGAGGAUUAUUCUUGUUUGAAAGGUAGUGCAUGCAGAUUGGGAACUGGUGUUGGCAACAAGCUUUGGCUUUCUUGGAUUUGGUUUAGUUAGUGUGACUCACUUAAGCUCUGAUGAAGCAUGGGAUGACCCCAGCCUCAUCUUUUAGACAAGUCU